UCCGUCAGCCAGUAAAGAUGGCGACUUACUACUGAAGCGCACCAUGCUGUGUUGUUGAUAAAGCAGUACAUUGUCAUUUCUAAGGAAAAACUUGCCUGUGGAUCGCAAAAAUGUCAAGGUUAAUUGUUAAGAAUCUCCCAAAUGGGAUGAAAGAAGAUCGCUUCCAUAAGAUGUUUGCUGAUUUUGGGACACUUACGGAUUGUGUACUCAAAUUUACCAAAGAUGGGAAAUUUCGCAAAUUUGGAUUUGUGGGUUUCAAGACUGAAGAGGACGGACAGAAGGCUCUGAAACACUUUAAUAAGAGUUAUGUGGACACGUCACGAGUUACUGUGGAAUUCUGCACAGAUUUUGGUGACCCCAACAAAGCCAGACCCUGGAGCAAACAUUCACGCCAGCCAUCAUCAAAUAAAGACAAAGAAGAAAAAUCACAAGACGAAACGGUUGAAAAGAAGGAGAAGAAAAAGAAGAAACCUUUGAAUGUUAUUGGAGAUCUUGAACAAGACAAGAACUUCCGGGAGUUUGUCGCUGUGCACCAGAAACGCACGCAGGUGCCCACCUGGGCCAACGACUCUGUGGAAGCUGCGUCUGAUGUUGCUGAACAGGUGAAGAAGGAGAAGAAAAAGAAAGUUAGUGAUGAUUACCUGAACUUUGACUCGGAUGAGUCUGAUGAACUGAGUGAUGCUAAGGAUAAAGACGAUGAUGCUGAAGAAGAGGACCAACCAGAUAAUAAUAAAGAAGCGUUGAAGAAAGGUCUCUCCGACAUGGACUAUCUUCGCUCUAAAAUUGUGGCCAAAUCCGACUUGAUUGAUGAGGUAGAGUUGGAGAAGGCAGAUGAAGAUGACAGUGCUGAGGCUGAUGAGGGUGAUGAUGAUGAUGAAGAAGAGGAGGAGGACAAGGACGAGGAGUCUCCAGUCCAGAACACAGACAGUGCAUAUGAGAGCGGUGACAAAACAAGCAGUCUGAAAACUGCAAAGCCAGUAGAGCCCCAUAACAAGUUUGAGCCGAGCACAGAAUUCACAGUCAAGCUACGAGGUGUUCCAUUCAAAGCUAAUGAGCAACAAGUGCGAGAAUUUAUGAUUCCUCUGAAACCCAUGGCCAUUCGAUUUGGCAAAAACAGCGAUGGACGCAACUCGGGUUACGUGUAUGUGGACCUGCGCUCGGAGGAAGAGGUCGAGAGAGCCUUACGCCUUGACAAAGACUACAUGGGGGGGCGCUACGUUGAGGUCUUCAGAGUGAACACUUUUAAAAACAAAAUAUCUGUGAAGGAAAGCAAAGAGGAGAAAAAUUUCAUCCGUGAGCUGAGGGAUGACGAGGAAGAGGAGGAUGUGGCCGAAUCAGGAAGACUCUUCGUCAGGAAUCUGCCUUACACGUGCACUGAAGAUGACCUGAAAGAACUCUUCAUUAAACAUGGUCCUCUUUCUGAGGUGCAUUUCCCCAUCGACAGCUUGACCAAGAAACCCACAGGCUUUGCGUUUGUGACAUACAUAAUACCAGAAAACGCAGUUUCAGCAUUGGCUCAAUUGGAUGGUCAUGUUUUCCAGGGCCGGAUACUGCACGUCUUGGCCUCAAGGCUGAGGAAAGAAAAUUCAGAUCAGGGGUCCAAUGCCCCCGGCAGCUCAUCUUAUAAGAGGCAGAAAGGUGCUAAAGACAAAGCAGCGAGCAGCAGCUCUCAUAACUGGAACACGCUGUUUUUGGGCACGAGCGCGGUGGCCGAUGCCAUUGCUCAAAAAUACAGCACAACCAAGAGCCAAGUUUUAGAUCACGAGUCUGAGGGCAGUCUGGCUGUGCGGAUGGCCCUCGGGGAGACGCAGAUCGUACAGGAGACCAGACAGUUUCUCCUGGAGAAUGGAGUCUCUCUAGACUCAUUCAGUCAGGCGUCAGGCCAGCGCAGUAACUCAGUGAUCCUGGUGAAGAACUUGCCCUCGGGUGUGCAGCCGGAAGACCUGGAGGCUCUGUUCUCACCCCACGGAUCUCUGGGAAGGGUGCUACUGCCCCCGUCUGGCCUCACGGCUAUAGUGGAGUUCCUGGAGCCCACUGAAGCCAAACGGGCCUUCAUGAAACUUGCAUACACAAAGUUCCAGCAUGUGCCCUUGUAUCUGGAGUGGGCCCCUGUAGCCGUCUUCACAACUCCAGGAAAAGCAAAACCAGCACCCGUGACUGAAGAUGCUGCGGCUGAGGAUGUGGCUAAAGUGGUGGAAGAAGAGGAAGACGAUGAGGAUGAAGAAGAAGAGAGUUUGCCUGGUUCAACCCUCUUCAUUAAGAACCUCAACUUUAGCACCACAGAGGAGACUUUACGAGAGACGUUUUCUAAAUGUGGUGUGGUGAAAGUCUGCACAAUAUCAAAGAAGAGAGAUAAAACCGGUAAAUUGUUAUCUAUGGGUUAUGGUUUUGUGCAGUACAAAACUCUAGAGGCAGCGCAGAAAGCCAUGCGACAGCUGCAGCACUGUUCAGUCGACGAACAUCAGCUAGAGCUGAAAAUAUCAGAAAGAGACGUCAAGUCUAGUGUGGCACAAUCCAAGAGAAAAAAGCAGACAGGGAGGAAACAAACAACAACUAAGAUCCUGGUACGAAAUGUCCCCUUCCAGGCUACAGGAAAAGAACUGAGAGAGCUCUUCUGUACGUUCGGUGAGCUAAAGACAGUCCGCCUGCCAAAGAAGGGGAUUGGUGGAUCCCACCGUGGUUUUGGCUUCAUUGACUUCCUCACUAAGCAGGAUGCCAAGAAAGCGUUUGCUGCGUUGUGCCACAGUACCCAUCUUUACGGUAGGAGGCUUGUGCUGGAAUGGGCAGAUGCAGAGGAGACCGUGGACGAUCUGCGACGGAAGACUGCUCAACACUUUCACAAUGCUCCUAAGAAGCGGAAGAAGGCGGAGAUUUUAGAGGGAAUCAUGGAGCAGAUGGAGGUCGGGCAGGAGGACGGAGAGUGAAUAGUAUCCGUCAGUCACCUAAAGCAUCAAUACCAGAGAAAAUCAUCCAGUGGAACUCCAUUUAUCUCUAUUAUGACUGCGUCUUAAACAGCUGCUUCACAGUCUCUUCAGGAAUCCUUCCUUUUGGCCCCAGAUGCUCCCAAUUAGCUUUUUAUUAUAUGCUCGUACAUCAUCCCUGUUAUUGCUGUCAAUGAAUUAAAUACAGCAUUUCCCCACAGACCGACACCGGUUGAAGGUGAACUCACCACCCGAGUCCUUCGCAAAGAUGCCCAAAGGCCAAGUUUCCCUUAGAUGUUUUUAAUCGGCGCGGAGGGCCGAGACAUUUCAUGCUCUGGUGUUUCGGGGGUGACUUUGAACAAUCGUGGGGUGUGAUUGACAUUUAGAUUCUUUGAUUCAGAAAAUAUAGAUUGACUAUACAUUUUUGAUGUUCAUUUUGACACCAGUUUGUCAGUUGUGUUAAUGGUUAAGAGUAAUUACAUAAUAAUGUAAAGUCUGAGUAUAUAGAUGCUUUAUAAAUUGUAUACCUUUUGUACUGUUUACAGGGUUUACCUGCAUUUUGUUGUUUACUACAACAAAUCACAAAUGCUUUCAUAUUUUUCGGAUCAUACUGUAUUUAUUGAUGGAACAAUAAAUAGCUUUGUCUGGAAAAGAAAAUG